CUCUUCAUGUGAGCUGGAGAGGCCAAACCGAAUGACACAUGUGCUGUUUCCUUUUCCACUGGUAAAUGGUCAAGAACCAGACAAGAAGCUCCGGAACAAGAGCUGCUUUCUUGCCUGGUUUCUCCCCAGUCCUUCCAGCUGUUGCAGCUUCAUCUGUCUUUGGACUGCGGAUAGGAAAGCCCGACUGACUGUCAGUAGAAAAAUAAUAAUAAUAAUAAAAGGACAGGCGCAGAAAGAGGGGGGCAGUUUUGAAUGCAUACAGGAUGGCUUCUCAAAACAGUACAACAUCUGCUCCGCCUGCAAAUAUUGGAAGCUCUCCUACUGCAGCUGAUAUUGCAGUCAUCGGAGGUGUCAUUGCAGCUGUAGCUUUUGUCUUGAUUUGCCUCUUGGUAGUGAUGCUGAGAUACAUGUACCGGCACAAGGGCACCUACCACACCAACGAAGCAAAGGGAACCGAAUUUGCCGAAAGCGCGGAUGCAGCUUUGAAAAAUGACCCUACCCUUCAAGAAGCCAUGGAUGAGAGCCGGAAAGAAUAUUUCAUCUGAGAGCAAAGGCAGCCCCACUGAGUCAUACUUAGUCAUUCUCUCCUUCCCAAGGGAAUCGAUCAGAGACAUCAAAAAGCACCGGGAUACAGCAAUUGCACAGAGGAGAACAAGGAGACUAAUUGAAAUAUUGCUGCUUGCCCCCCAAAAGAAGCAACGCCGGAUCCAUGGCUGUUUAUUUGAUUUUAACAGCACAACUCAGUUCAAUAUCAGAUCAAGAGAAACAAAACAAAACAAAAACUCAGGAUGAGUGAUUAACUGAUAACAGAUAAUAGCAUCAAAUGUCAAACCUUGACAUUUGGCAAAAAAAUAGCAGGCACCAACUGAAAGCAUCCUCAUAGGCUCGUUGAUCCAUCCCACACUGAUACAGCACCUGAAAGUGAAUUUUAAGCUGCAACCCAACAAACGUUGUGAUGUAUAAAACAGAGGGUCUUGGCACAAGCACUACUUUGAACACAUAUAUUGUAUCCAGAUACUUCGUUUUUCUUAACAUGCAUAAGCUUGCCAGUGUGAAUAUAUAUGUGUAUGUUUGUUUUGAGAAGACUACAAACAAAAGCAACCAGGAUCUGACAGAAAAUGCAAAGAAAUUCCUGAGAAAACUUUUUAAAAUGAAGGGUUUUAUUUCCAGAUAGCUAGUGUGGUGUCAUAAUAAGACUGUGUGCUGGGAGUGUAAAUUGGUUUGCUGGAAGCCUGUGUUGACUUAUAGUUGUUGUUGUUUAAGAAGAGCUGCCCUUGAGCUGCUCUUUCACUGCUCUUCUGAGAUUUUAUAUUUGCCUGUAUUAAACUGGCUCCACCUGCUUA